CGCCUGCCUCUGCCUCCCGAGUGCUCAACCAGGAACCAAGUGCUCAAAGGCGUGCACAAUCACACCUGGGUUUUAUAAAAAUCCUUCAUGUGGACCAACGUCUCUUCCACUUUCCGCUUUCCCUGAGAGUCUUUUGAUGGUGGCCCGGAUGCUGGCAUUUGCUUGGCUUCUCGUUUCUCCUCCACGUUUCUUGGCACCAUUUAGUCAUGUGCAGCUCCUUCCCUCCUGUGCACCAUAGUGACUUGUAGCCUCUUCAGAUCUUCCACCACCACCUCUGAAGCUAGCCAGUGCCUCCCUCUGUUUGAACUCAGCUGUAAGUCCGUCAUCUGAUUUCCCCAUCAGUGUUGCUGGGCCGGAGGGAGGUCGCUGAUGUCACACUGUCAGUAUUGUGAUUACCCUCAUAUCUAACAGGCAAGGAAGGAACAGUUGUUCCUGGCAACCCUUGGGUGAGACUCACACAGCUUAGGUAACCCACUCACUGCCUGACUGCAUAGACCUUCCCACAACCAUGUGAAGGGGAGUCCGCUGUCAGAGAGGAGGCCAGCGUCGAUCAGCAUGGUGGAUGUGCAGUGUCUGAGUGACUGUGAACUGCACAAGCGGCUGGAGAAGCUCGGGUUUUCAGCGGGCCCCAUACUGCCCUCCACCAGAAAAGCAUACGAAAAAAAGUUAGUGCAAUUGUUGGUCUCGCCUCCCUGUGAACAACCUGUCAUGAAGAGAUCCAAAACCCUGCACGAAUCUUACCAAAGCGAUGGCAGCGAAGAUCCAGCAGUAAAUACCGUUUUGAGAGGAAAUUUCCCGAAAGACAAAGGCAAGGAAUGCAAAAAUAAGAAACCAGUCAAUGAAACGAAACGGCAGCAGGCAGACCCGGGGGAGCCAAACUCUGACUGUAAAAACUGGAAGGUGUUAAUUAAGAGACGCGACGCUUCUAGUAAUAAAAGAAGAAUCCUAGACAUCUUCUACCUGAGCCAGAAGCCCACAAAGGUAGUCAGGCAUGCUGCAAGACCAAAUCCAAGGAUGGAGGAUGCGUGUGUCACCGAAGAGGGCUGCUGCCAGGGGGACCCAAGCCUGGAGAGCAGCUUCCUGUGCCAGAACCCCGAGAACAGCUUCCCAUGGAGUUUGAAGCUGGCCAUCUUUGGCAUUUUCAUCAUCGUGUUGUUUGUCUACAUAACUGUGGAAAAGAAGUCGCUCUUACGUUAAACCCUUUAGAAGCAAAGCAGAAGGGCCUUGGCUACAGCCAGGCAGCCCCCUCCCACUGCCCCAAAUGUCUCCCCCUCCCCGCCUCGCAUGCCCCCUGCCAUGCCCUAUACUGGCUCCCCCGGGCUGUGUCUGGGUUCAUCUAGGUGGAGGAGCAAGGGCAGAACCAGGCGGCAUGCUAGGUGCGAUGGUCUGUAAGUCAAGUAAGCCAUCAUUAAAGGUGCUAACACAUCA